AAAUCGCCACAGAAAACGACUGCAACAGAAACCACCGCUUAUAAAAUGUGUAGUAGGCUAUAAAUAUUGUGGCGCGGUAUUGUAUUUCAAAACAAGAAUUAACCGGGCAAACGUAUCGCCCCAGGCAAACGUAACGCCCCGGGCAGACGUAUACCGUCCGACGCUCGCUAGAGCUCGGUCGGACAUUGCUAAAGGAUCGUAUCCUAUGUUUCAAACUAACCGGGCAAUCAGUGGAUCCCAGGUUUGCGUGCGAGACACCGCCGCUUCCGACGGCGGGUCGGCGGUGGACUCGGAUUGCGUCAUCUUGGCGGCAUGGGCCGCCUCGAUUCCUUAUCCUCGCCAAAUGGGGACUUCGUCCCCAUUACAUUGUCCUCAGAAUAAAUUUCGAAAAACGAGAACAAGAGAAUAAAUUUAUAAUAGAAAUGUGAGGCACAUGAUGUUUUUCCCGCGCCAAAUAUUUCUAGCCUACUACACUUUUUCUAAGCGGUUGUUUCUGUUGCAGUUGUUUACUGUGGCGAUUUAUUCCGGUCACCGCAGCAUUAAUACCGAGAUAAAUUCUCCAUUGAACACUAAGGACAAAACAGGAAUUUCAUGGAAAUAAUAUCUCCCAAAAAACCACAUACACUCAUACUAAAAUCAAGAUGGAUCUAUGGUACUAGGUGAAGCCGUUUCGUCACUAAAUUGGUUAGGGGAGCGGUAUAUGAAAACAGUACAGACGAAAGCAGAAGGGGAAUUAUUUGCUUGUAGCGCGAAAGAGACAGACUGAUCACGAGCGAGCUUCGGUACUAGCGUAUUGUAAACAAAACACAGUAGACUUCCAAUAUGGCUGAAGAGUGGUUUUAGCAAGUUGGCCCACCUUAGGAUAUACUUCUAAGUGCCUUGACUGAAAUGUUUUCAACUAAAAAUGUCUUAACAAAAUCAAAUGUCUUCAGAAUGAAGACAUGUCUCAAAACCUGGCAUCUCUGUUUAACACCCGCCUGUAUCUAAUAUCUUUCUUUUGAUUUUACGAUGUUUAUGAAAAGCAUGCCUCACAACACAUGAAGAGUAGAAUGGAGUUCUGUAUAAAUUUCAACUCUACUCUCAUGUACUUUGAGGAAAGUUGCACGGAAUACUGCGAUGAAAUCAUUUGGAUUCUUCAGGAAUCGGAAUUGAACAGGUUGACUAUGCGGUACACCUCUCCACAAAUACGGCAUCGUGAAGUCAUGGUUAACAUAAUACGGAGUAUUGGGGAAUAUGAAGAGCUACGAAGAUUAACGAUUCAUUUGGCUGUUUACUUGAUGGAUGCUUUUAUGGAUAAUCAUAAUAUUACAGAUAAUCGUUUAAAUCUUGUAGCGUUAUCUUGUGUUCUGUUAGCAUCUAAAAUUGAAGAAAAUGAACCAAAUGUUCCUUCUCUAAGUAGAAUGAAUGAAUUGGUUCGAAAUCAGUAUCCGGUAUCAGAUUUCAACGUAAUUGAGGUGUUACUAUUGAAAUUUUUCGAUUGGCAGUUGAUCAUUCCAACAGCUGCAACGUUUGUAGAAUAUUGGUUGACGAACAUAGUGGGUAUAGUUGACUUUGUUCCCUCCGUUAAUGAACAACAAUUCUCUGAGCGACGUUCGCGAGCGAUUGAACUAGUUUUAGAAUUUUUAGAUAUUACAUUAACCGAUAUAAAAAUGACAAAUGUUCGUCCUUCCAUGUUGGCUUCAGCUUGCAUAGCUGCUGCUCGAUCAUCUCUUCCCGUACUGGUUAUGUGGAACGAAAACAUGAUGGAGCUGACUAGUUAUCCUUUGAGGGAAAUAGAAUGUCUUACUCGAGAACUUAUGAAUUGGCGAGCUUGUUUAAUCGCAAAAGAAACCGUAUGCCGGAAACGAUGUGCAUUGGAUUCCGGCUAUAUGAGUGACCUCAACGAGAGCAACAUCAUCGACAUUGCAUAUAAUGAAUAUUGCGAAAACAUCGAGCAGGAUGAUUUGAGUAUUGAAUGCGAUACGGAAGAUACUGAUGACGAAGUUAUACUGUCAUUCAAAAGCAAACGCGCCAGAUGAAUUAUCCGGCUUACUGCAGGCUAGGUGAAUUAUUCAUGUUCAAAAAACUUUAGUUAAUGUCAGUGAUCUUACUAGUAUUUAAUUACAUAAAUAAUAUAUUUAUUAACAUAAAUAGAUGGCAAAGCUUAUAUGUAUUAGAGAUGAUUGCUGUUUCGUUACGAGCACUUAAGAAAAACAAAUUGCUUAAAAUCGCAUAUGGAUCCUCGUCACACAUCUACUUUCCUUUGUACCAAAAUUGUAUACGAAACUUUACAUUUGAGAGCGUUUGAAAAUUGUUAUCGGUUAGCAAUAUAUUGGUACCCGAGACUAAUGUACAAUUUUGUUAUCAAUGUAAUUAGUACGAUAAUUUGAAAUGAUGUCCACUAACAACAGUUUUAGUCCCACAGGGCAGAUUGGGGGGCAGUUUAGAAAGAACAAGCUGAAAUAGAGAAAGUAAGUUACUUUAUUACAUAAAACAUGUUAAAACAUACUUUUGGUUUUUUCUGCUUAGUAGACUGAAAACCUAAACACAUGGAGCUAGUGGUAUGAGCCCAGAGUAGAUCACCGUCAUUACUGGCCGUGUUAUAAAUUAUUGAUAACGAUCCAGCAUGAAUCUCACUGUGUUUUGACAAGAAAGGGGAUUCGAGUAGUUUGUUUUUAUAUGUCUGGUGCUGUGACGUUAUGGGACAAUUGCAAGUUAUUAGAUCUUCAACUAAUUCUUUCGCAAAAAGUGUUUUCAUGAGAUAUUCUCCGUUUCCGGUAGUGCAUGUGGCCGCGGACAUACAAUUUGUUUCAUCCACCAUUGCCCAGCAGCCUGCUCCAUAUGUUGCCGCCUGUCCUACUCUGCCACCAACCUUCAAUAGCAAUCCACCGGAACUGCAACCAGCUACUAUCGAACCUUCAGCAUCCACGCAAACUGCUCCCACUGUAUCAAGUGGCGAGAGUUUCAAAUGGUUCAGUUCCUCAAUUUUGUUUAUACUACGUUUAUAGUGAUCAUAGAUUUUAGCUGCUUUCGCCGAUAUCAUAUGUUCUUUCGGGACCAUUUGAAGCCCAAUCUCUUCGGCGUAGUCGGAAGCGCCUUUGCCUGCAAGGACCAUAGGAGGUAUCCUUCCGAAGCUUAACAAUUUAGACUGCCUCUCGCAUAAGUGCCUAGCUAAACUUAUCGGAUUUUUCACAUCUGAAACAUUGGUACAUGCUCCGAACUGUAAUGUACCACCAUCCAUUAUACAUGCAUCACAUUCUACCUGUCUGUUCCA